GACAGAGACAGAGAGAGAAAGGAGAGCUCUUUGCAUGAGAUAAGAGACUACUGAUUCCUUCUUUUUUAUAUAUUUUAUUUGCUGGUAUCAGCAUCUAGUGUAUCCACUUUUUCCACGAGUCACACAGACAGCUGAGGCAACUCUGGAAAAAGUUGAGAAGAGAGGAGAAGAGAAGAGAAGAGAAGAGCUGGACCAUUUGACUGUGGAGAGUCCCCACGUUUAUCUUUUGGUCGUUUUAACUUUCCUUACACUGAUCUGGACUGUCUUUCCCUCUCCACCAUGGCAGGCAGGUGGAACAUCCUGAUACUGGCUCUGUGCUUCUUUCUCAUCAUGGUGCGGUCAAAACCAUCCUGUGAAGAAGGAUACAGUCGUGAGAACAAAAGAUGCGUCGAUUAUGAUGAAUGUAAAGUUGUUGAAGACUAUCCUGAUCAUGGGCGGUGUGGAGAGGAUGCAAAAUGUUUCAACACGAAUGGCAGCUACUACUGCCAAUGUGCUGAUGGCUUCAGAUCAACAAUGAAUGUGACGUUUACAGCUGAUUCACCUGCACAAUGUAAAGAUAUCAACGAGUGUUUGGAAGAAGAAAACCUCUGUGGACCUAAUGCUGCCUGUUCUAACACAAAUCCAUAUUACUCCUGCAUUUGUAAGGCUGGAUUCAUCUCCAGUACUGGAGUGGAAAGUUUUCGUCAUGGUGACAAUGUCACAUGUGGAGAUGUUGAUGAAUGUCUGCAUGAAAAUGUGUGCGUUCAGAAUGCAUCAUGCGUCAACACACCAGGCAGUUAUCACUGUGUCAACAUAUCUGGCUUUCAACUGAAAUCUGGCAAAUCUAACUUCUCUGGGAAUCAGGAACAAGUUUCCAUUUCAGAUAUUUGUGUGAUUGAUAAGACAAUCUGUGGAAAUGGAACCUGCCACCGUGGAGCCAGCGGCCAUUACUGUGUAUGCCACGCAGGCUUCACUAACUAUGGCAGAAAUGAGUCUCGCUGCACUGCAUUAGAGUGUGAUGUAUUCAAAGAUAUGAGCGGUCUGACAGAGAAAUUUCCAGUUGCACGUGAUCUCAUGGCGCAGUUGAAGGAGAGCUGUCUGCAACUUACAGAGAGUGAAAGUCCAGCAGAGCUUUAUGGAGAGGACCUACUAAAGAGACUGUUGUCUAUGAUUGACGAGCUCUUGUCCGGCAGACCUUUCAAUGAUAACAGGAAAGUCUCCACCUUUCUGGACAUAGUGGAGAACGCUGUGAGGAUGAUAGGACCCUUCACAGAGAUCCCAGGAAAAAAGAUAUCCUCCACUCACACAGAGUUGGAGCUGCUGGUCCAUAAGGGAGCUGACUUACCCAAGGGGGCUGUGACUGUUUCAUCUCAGCGAGCUAAGAUGGACAUCCAGCUGGAGACAGCUGCAGGAGACCCCUCCUCUAACCCUGGCUUUACGAUGGUGUCCUUGCUGACCUAUGCAAACCUGGAAGACUCUGCAAAAGGCUUCUUUGGUGGGAUGAAACCAAAGAAGAACGAAAGCUUUCAGAUCAACUCCAAAGUGGUGACUGUCACCGUCAGUAACAGAAACACAAGUCACCUCAAAGAGCCCAUCAACAUGACUUUCUACCAUCUGCAUGAGUCAAAUGAAAGCCACACCUGUGUGUUCUGGGAUUCCUCAGAGAAAGGAGGGACAUGGUCCACUCGUGGCUGCAGAGUAUUGGAGUCCAACCCUGAAUACACUGUGUGUUCCUGCACCCAUCUGAGCAGCUUUGCCGUGCUCAUGGCACUCUAUGACAUACAGAACAAGUUUGAGUUGCAGCUGAUCAGCUGGGUGGGUCUGUCCCUUUCACUCAUCUGCCUCUUCAUCUGCAUCCUGACGUUUUCUUUCAUCCGCUCCAUCAAAAGCACAAGAACCACCAUCCACCUGCACCUCUGCAUCAGCCUCUUCAUUGCCAUGCUUAUCUUCCUUGCAGGCAUCUCCCGUACAGAGAACCGGGUUGGCUGUGCAGUGGUUGCAGGGCUGCUGCAUUUCUUCUUCCUGGCAGCAUUUUGCUGGAUGUGUCUGGAGGGCAUCCAACUUUUCAGGAUGGUAGUCCUGGUCUUUAACACCAACUUCAAAACCCUACACAUGAUGGCAGGUGGCUAUGGAGUCCCAGCUGUAAUUGUCGCUAUCUCUGCCUCAGUUAACGCUAAAGGAUAUGGCACUGAGAGAUAUUGUUGGUUAAACCUGGAUUCCAUUUGGAGUUUCUUUGGCCCUGUCUGUUUCAUCAUCAUUGUGAACAUCUUCUUCUUUCUCAUCACUGUCUGGAAGUUGGCACAGAAGUUCUCAAGUUUAAAUCCUGACCUGGAUAAGUUGCAGAAAAUAAGGGCAUUCACUGUAACUGCAGUGGCUCAGCUCUGUGUGCUGGGCACCAUGUGGAUCUUUGGAUGUUUCCAGUUUGAGGAGGGCACCAUAGCCAUGUCUUACCUGUUCACCAUCCUAGGCAGCCUUCAGGGGGUUAUGCUCUUCAUCAUGCACUGCCUGUUUUCUAAGCAGGUGAGGGAAGAAUAUGGAAACAUCCUGUCGAAAUUCUGUGCACCUCGGAGGAAGACCUACUCAGAGUUCGGCUACUCCCACUCCGGCAAAACUCAUGCAACCAAGAGCAGCCAGGACACCGGAGAGUCUCACAUCUGAGGAGCCUACAGUGACUUUGGAGCAAAGCAUAACUCGUUUCCUGAAGACUGCUGUCUCACAUACACAGCCAACUGCUGCACUCCCAUUUGUGGCCAAUGCACCCUUUUGCUUUACUGCAAAAUGUUGUAAACAGCAUUAUCACAAGCUGGUCUUUGUAUUUUUAUGCUGUAGAAAAGGAACUGUUGGUUGUUAAUUUAAUACGAAUUAAUGAUUUCCUUCAAAAUGAGAAAAUGACAUUUGUCAGUGAGUUUUACCAUAAUACAGAUUAUUUUGUCAUAUGUAAGCAAAGCUGUUAACAUGACCCAUGAGUAUUUGUCAAAUGGUAAACAAUGUCACUCAUUUCAGAAAAAGAAAUCUCCAAAUGUUUCGAUUUUUCACAUGUGAAUUUUUUUUUUUUAUUGAUAUUGGACCAAAAUAUCAAAAUGACAGAUGAUAUGAAAAAAGACCUGUUUUAUCAGGUAAAUCUAAUAUAACUUAGUGGUGUCAUCCAGGUACUUAAUUCAACCAACAAAGACAAUCUGAGUGAUAUUUUUAAGAGACAAGCACUUUCUUUUUAUCCACAGUAUUUAAAUUGUUACCAUGAGCAAAAAAAAGGAAAAAGGAGGACAAUAGUGAUAAAGAGAUGGAUUUUAAAUAUAUGUUUGUGUAUAUAUUGCUGGGUAAUUCAAUAUAUUUUAAUAUUUGACUGCAUUCCUGCUCCAUUCAGCAUACUGUAACAUCUUUAAUGUAUCUAGAUAUUUGAAAAGAUUUUUUUAUUUACUAUGCUAAAAUAGGUUUCAAAACUUGAAUUUUCCCUUUUGUUAUUAUUGUUUAUCGCACGUUUGGAAUUUCUGAUUGAUGCUUAUUGACUUAUUAUACUUAUUAACAUUUUCUGUCUUUCACAGUGUGAAUUAAUAAUGGUGUCUGUGUGUGUGUGUGUGUGUGUGUGUGUGUGUG